AUGCAAGUCAAGAUGCGGGGAUUCGCGCAGACUCAUGACUAUGAUGAGGCGCUGGAUAGUUUCGGAAAGAGGAAGGCCGAGUGGACUCCAGAAGAGAUCCGCAAGGAUCAGAAGGCGCUCGCCCUAAUUCAGUUGCAUCUUCAUAAUGAUAUUUUGCAGGAGUGUCUGAAAGAGAAAACUAGCUCUUCUAUGGUCAAACUAGAAUCGAUCUCAGAUGUCCAAGGAUCUAACCAAGAAGAUGCGAUGAUGAAGAUGAAGCUAUUCACCCUCAAAGAUGAAGGAGGAGGAUUCAGUGAUGAGCCACAUCGCUGA